AUGUCCCUGGAUACAAACUCACUUGAACUCGUGAUGGCAGCGAGGGGUCACCGUAGGUUACCCCUGGUUGUGGUACUGCUUCUCUUUCUGGUCCCACCAGCCCUGAGCGGAUGCCCGGGUGCCUGCCGAUGUUCCUUUGCCAUGCUGCAGUGCCUGGAGACGGACGGCAUCAUGAGCAUCCCGGCGCUGGCGCCACAGGAAAGCGAAAACGUCACGGAGAUCUACAUAGAGAACCAAGCCAACCUGGAAAAUAUCACAGACACGGACCUCGCCAACUACAGAGACCUAAAGAACCUUACGGUAACAGAUUGUGGGUUGCUGUAUAUCUCUGAAAACGCCUUUCAGCAUAAUUUCAAGCUGCAGUAUGUAAAUCUGGCCUCCAAUUUUCUGAUGCAUAUCAGUUGGAGGGUUUUUUAUUCUGUACCUCUGUUGAGUCUAAUAUUGAGGGAUAAUCCUCUCACCUGUUCAUGUGAUAUUUACUGGCUUCAGCAAUGGCACAGAACACGACAGGGCGACAUCGACUCGCAACAAAACUGCAUUUACAAUAGCAACAGCAUUCCACUGGAUUUAUUUGAAAUGGAUAACUGCAGUGUUCCUGAAGUCACAAUUCACAACUCUACAGCGACCACUCAAGAAGGUGAAAAUCUGACGUUCACAUGCCGGGCAACUGGAGUACCCACACCUGCUAUCAGCUGGAGAACAGAGCAGUUACUGUCCAACUGGACCCUACAGCGGGGAAUCUGGGGUUCGACCCUGGAGCUGGUGCUCCAUAUGUGGAACGUAUCUUCUAAAGAUAACCUGCACAACCUCACCUGUGAAGCGGAAAAUCGAGCUGGUCUGGAAAAAGCUACGGUCCAACUGGACAUUCAAUUUCCAGUGCGGAACUUGACUCUAAAAGAUCCAGAACCUCAACAUCACUGGUGUGUCCCGUUCAGAGUGGACAGCAAUCCUCCAGCCACUAUCAAAUGGCUGUUCAACAGCCAUCCUCUUGUUGAGAAUCGUUACGCCUACACGGAGCUGAUCAGAGACGCGGCCGACGGCUCGGUGCAGCACGGCUGCCUCUUCCUAAACAAGCCCACCCAUCUGAACAACGGCUAUUACACCAUCAUCGUGGAUAACAAAUUGGGGCGGGACGAGGCCACGGUAUAUGGGGAUUUCAUGAAAAAUCCGUUCGGCUCCGCAGAUCCAGAAGGCAUCAUUCUCGUCCACACGGACAAACCAACAGUGCCAACCAACCAAACCACAGAUGACGUGACAGAGAAACUGGAAAACAGAGUUUUUGGGGUAUCCGUGGCAGUGGGUCUCGCAGUGUUCGCAUGCACAUUUCUGCUUAUCACGGCCAUUGUGAUCAAUAAAUGUGGCCAGCACUCCAAGUUUGGCAUCCACCGUUCGUCUGUUUUGGGCACUGAGGAUGAUCUGGCUGUGUCCCUGCGCUUUAUGAAUUUCGGGGUGAGUCCUCCAUCUUCAGAUGAAAGCACGCUGGAUUCUGGAUUGUCCAGUUUUGUGGAGAAUCCACAGUACUUCUGUGGAAUCAUUAAAGAAAAAGACAUGUGUGUCCAGCACAUUAAAAGAAAAGACAUUGUUUUGAAAUGGGAGCUGGGUGAAGGAGCGUUUGGUAAAGUCUACCUUGCCGAAUGUGCCAAUCUCUGCCCUGAUACUGACAAGAUGCUGGUUGCCAUCAAGACCCUGAAGGUGGCCAAUGAGUCGACCCGGCAAGACUUCCAGCGUGAGGCCGAGCUCCUCACCGUGUUACAGCACGAGCACAUUGUGCGUUUUUACGGCGUGUGCACAGACGGAGAACCUCUGGCCAUGGUUUUUGAGUACAUGAGACACGGAGACCUCAAUCGCUUCCUAAGAGCCCACGGUCCAGAUGCGCGAAUCUUGGAUGAAGUUAAGGUUCCUCCAUUGGGACAGUUGACCCUUCCUCAGAUGCUUCAAAUCGCUGCUCAGAUUGCUUCAGGCAUGGUGUAUCUAGCUUCUCUGCACUUCGUACACAGAGACUUGGCCACCCGAAACUGUUUAGUUGGAGAAGGGCUGGUGGUGAAGAUCGGGGACUUUGGUAUGUCGAGAGACAUUUACAGCACUGACUACUACAGGGUUGGUGGAAGGACAAUGCUGCCUAUUCGUUGGAUGCCACCAGAAAGCAUAAUGUACAGGAAGUUCACCACCGAGAGUGACAUCUGGAGCUUUGGAGUGGUGCUUUGGGAGAUCUUCACCUAUGGCAAACAACCGUGGUAUCAGUUAUCCAACAGUGAGGCAAUCGAAUGCAUCACACAAGGACGAGAGCUCGAACGUCCACGUACCUGUCCGAAAGAAGUGCACCUCCUCAUGCAGGGAUGCUGGCAAAGAGAACCGCAGCAGAGGCUUGUCAUCAAAGACAUCUACAACCGCCUUACGGCCCUUGUCAAGAGCCCACCCGUCUAUCUGGACAUCCUGGAGUAAUGGCAUGCAAGGACGAGCUGGGAAAUACUCGCUUCUGCUGGAAAGUUGGAAGAAGGGGAAAGUCAGAUGGGUUUGAAUGGAUGGAAUUGGAAAGAACGGUGUCGUAUGAACGUUUGUUGAUGUGUAUGUUAAAUCCACUACAAAUUGAAAGAUUGCUUCCAAAAUUAUCAUGGGUAAAUAAGCUAAUACUCGAAUUAGUGGAAAUUGUUUGUGGAUCUUCAUGAUAAGCUUCGACUCACCCUGAAAACACAGAGUUUCUAUACAAGAUAUUGAAGUCAGGGUCUUUCUCUCUUUAGGUAUUAAAGGUGAUGUGUGUACGUCUUUUUCAGUGUGGAAAUACUUUCCCCAAUCCCAGCUUAAUAUUCAAAGACAACUAUAGUGAUCUGUAGGAUGUUUUAACACUGUGGCGCUACCAAAACAUUGCUCUGUUUGUUUGAGCAGCCCAACACAGCAACACUGGUUCAACCAAUGGGCUUAACCAAUAGAAGACAAGAACGUUACGUUAUUUUUGUAGUUCUGUUUGGCGAUGCUGGUGGCACAAAAAUUACACACUUCACCUUUAACUAAUACAUUCAUUUUCUUAAUACUGCGAACCCCAAAGAAAAACUUUUUAGGUUUUUGCCGUUUUCAUGGUGUGCCAAGUUGACUGCAUUUCUUUCAGGAAUAUAUUAAAUCAACCUGUUAUGCGUGGUCUAAACAUGCAUGUAUUGUUGUUGUACAGCAUGCAUGUUUAACAUCAACUUCCUGUUAUGGCUCCUGAGCUUUGCAUUUCUUUCUCAUAUCAACAGCAUCAACAAGGUCAGCAACAAUAGUGGAGACACAAUGGGCUGUGUACUCUAUGAAAUACUGCAUAUAUGCAGUAUACUGCACAUUAUACGCUGCAUACUACUUUUUAAAUAGUAUGUUAAACAUCAUGCAGUAUGCAAUGUUAAAUAUUCUGACAGUACAGUUUUGCAUGUCUAAUUCAGCAAAUGGUAGCUAGAUUUCACCUCACGAAUAAAAAGUUACUUUGUGUUUGUAAUUAAAUUUUAUGUAAAAAUGUCUCUUGGCUGUCAUUCAAAUAAGAAAAUAAAAAACCAAGGGCCCGUAAUACUCCUGGAUCGUGCAUUACACUGAAAAAGCUCAAGGGAAACGCUUUGCAUUGUGGGAUUUAAUAUAUUCCAUACUGCGUGCUCUGGCUGUAUGCCGUUUCAUUUUGGUGAAUAAAUGCCGCAUACUGCCGAGCAGUAUUCUUCCAGCAUGAUAUUGGUGUAAGGGCAGAAAUCAAUUAAAUUUUAAUUGGCUUUUGUUUCUUAUUCUAUUCUUUUAUUAAUUGGUGUUUCACUUUUACAUACUCGUUGUGCCUCAUGUACAUAAGCUAGCAAGUAAACUAUAUAAUUUUUAACAUCUUGAAAUGAUUCCAUACACUAUAAAACUUUAGGAUCACUGGACUGGAUGACUUGAAAUUUUUUUCAUGAAAACAAAUUAUUCUAUAAUGUGGAAAAACACAACAAUAAGUUAUCCUUAACUUUUAUCCAGUAGUGUAUAUACUGUAUAUAUACAUUAAGAGGCAUAUAAAAUACAUAACUGCCUCUUAUUGUCAUUAAAAAAGUGGUUUAUAGUUUGGAUUCAUUUAUAAAACAGUACAUUUUAAAAGAAUGUCAUUAAAAUGUCAAAUCAAUAACAUCCACAAAGAAGUCUGACAUCUGACAGAGAGCAAAAUUUGUGUCACUGUGCAAAAAAGUGUUUUUCUUUGUGUUGUGUUGAUGGACAAUCCAAGACAGGUGUAUUAAACUUGAUUUUGCUCAA